AUGGCCCGGCAGAGAUUCGUGAGUAGACGAGGUAAUUCAUCGAAUGUGUUCUCUGACAACGGGUCCACUUUCGUCGGUGCACAAGAGGAGUUGGGCAACUGGUUAAUGCGGCUAGAUAAAUGCGCCCUGCAAGGUCGCCAUCUGGAACCCAAUGGCACUUCAACCCACCCUACAGCAGUCACCGCGGAGGAGUUCGGGAACGGCUUAUACGGUCGGUGA